AUGGCGUUUAUGGGCGGUAACCUGUUCGGAUCCUUCAUUCUUGGAUUCAUUGGGGAUACAUGGGGUCGGAAGAUUGUGAUGUACAUUGGCGCAGUAUUACUUUUUGGGUCCUCUCUUGGAUGUGCAUGGGCAAAUAGCUUCAUAUUUUUUGUGGUUCUUCGAUUCAUCGCAGGGGCGGCAACUACAAGCGGUAUCGGUUCUCUUAUGAUAAUAAUGUUCGAAACGGUUGACCCGGCUCACAGAUCUCACGCAACUGUUGCUGUGGAAGUGUCUUGGUGUUUGGGGGAAAUCAUUUUAAGUGGCGCCGCUUACUUCAUCCGAGACUGGCGAAGUCUACAGAUUGCAAUCUCUUGUCCUGGAGGAAUAUUACUUCUCUACUGGUUGUUUGUACCAGAGUCCGCAAGAUGGCUGUUGUCUAAAGGAAAAGGGGUGAAGGCAAUGAAAAUAGUACAGCGCGCUGCUUAUAUGAAUAAAAGACAACCCCAUAUAGAUGCAAAAGAAGUAAAGCUUGAACAACGAAAGAGCUGGAAUGAAUUAUUACCUUUAUUUCAAUCAUGCAGACUGUUCGUUCGGUUCAUGGUAAUUGCAAUGCUCUGGUUUAUCUUGUCCCUGUCUUACUAUGGUCUGACUUUCAAUGUGGGACGCAUAGGUAACAAUGCUUACUUAGAAUUCAUCAUCUACGCCGUGUUGGAAAUGGUCGCCUAUGUCUCGUGUCUCUUCAUCAAUACAAGACUUGGACGCAAGCCACUGAACAUUGGUGCUUUUCUACUGGCCGGUGUAGCAUGUAUUUCCUCUACUUUGAUCUCACGAUAUGCAGAUGGAGACAACGACUGGCUGAUUAUCGUUUUGUCAGCGAUAGGCAGGAUGGGUGUAUCUGCAACGUUUGCCAAUGCCUUUGUGUAUACUGGAGAACUGUUCCCUACGACAAUAAGAAGUUUUAUACUUGCCUGUACAAAUGUAGCUACUCGGACUGGAGCUAUUAUAUCUCCUUAUCUUACAGAGUCGGGUACUAACAAAGGAGGAGGGCUUGGAUAUACAUCCCUGAUAUUCGGAGUGUUGACUUUGGCAGCAGGGAUCGUGUCGUGUUUCCUGCCAGAGACCCUCAACACCUCAUUGCCUGACAACAUAGAUGACAUGGAUGGUCGACGCAAGCAACAAUUUGCCCAAAAGAAUGAUGAUACUUUAAUAGCGACAGUUCUGUAG